GCUCUGCGGGAGCUGGCCGCCGCCGCCUACGGGUGCCCGCCCGGGCUGCCCGCGCUGCUGCUGAGAGGCUCCGACGGCCCUGACGGCCCCGACGUUCCGCCCGACGCCUGCGGCGCGGAGCUGCCCGCGUACCCCGACGUGGCGGUCGGCGGCACCUUCGAUCGGCUGCACGGCGCCCACCGGCUGCUGCUCAGCGCCUGCUGCCUGCUGGCCCGGCGGCGGCUGCUGGUCGGGGUGGCCGACGGGGAACUGCUGCGCCACAAGGUCCUGCGGGAGCUGAUCGAGCCCUACGAACUGCGGGCGGCCAAGCUGCGUGAGUUCCUGGUGGAUGUGCAGCCCUCGGUGCUGUAUGACAUUGUGCCUCUGGGAGACCCCUAUGGCCCUGCAGUCACGGACCCAGAGCUCUGCUGCAUCGUUGUCAGCGAGGAGACACGCAGGGGUGGGGAGGCUGUGAACAAGAAGAGGAUCGAGAACGGCCUUGCUGCACUGGAGCUCUUCGAGAUUGAGCUGAUGGAGGACCCACACCACGGCCACAAUGAGGAGGAGAAGAUCAGCUCCUCCAGCCUGCGACAGCGGCUGCUCGGCACGCUGCUGCAGCCCCCACGGGACAGCCCCACGCUCCCCUCCCACCCCUACAUCAUUGGUCUGACUGGGGGCAGCGGGAGUGGCAAGACCUCCAUUGCCCAGCGCCUGGGGCAGAUGGGAGCAUUCCUCAUUGACGCUGAUGCGCUGGGCCACGCUGCAUACCUGCCUGGCAGCCCAGCCCAUGGGCGCGUGGUGGCUGCGUUCGGAGCAGAGAUCUUGAACAAAGAUGGGACGAUUAACAGGAAGGUCCUCGGGGCAAAAGUGUUUGGAAAUCAGGAGCGGCUGAAGAGCCUCACAGACAUUGUGUGGCCUGAGAUCGCACAGAUGGUCAGGGAGCGGAUCGGAGAGGCAGGAGCUCAAGGAAAGGCUGUGGUCGUGUUGGAUGCUGCUGUGCUUCUCGAGGCUGGCUGGCAGGACAUGGUGCACGAAGUGUGGGUGGCCAUCAUCCCUGAGGAGGAGGCCGUGAAGCGCAUCGUGAGCAGGGACGGGCUGAGUGAGGAGGUUGCCCGCAGCCGGCUGCGGAGCCAGAUGAGCGACAGCCAGAGGGUGCAGCAGGCGCAGGUGGUGCUGUGCACGCUCUGGGAGCCAGAGGUCACCCAAAGGCAGGUGGAGAAAGCCUGGGACCUCCUGCAGCAGCGCCUGAGCCACGCGCCCGCGGGACCGCCGUCCUUCUGACCGCCGCGUGGCGCCCGCGCACCGAAGGCCGCCGGGACGGGGGCAGAGCCGCGGCCGUGUCCCGGCGCCGGGCGUGGGCCGGGAGAGGAGCACCCGCCCCCUCCCUUCGCUGCGCCAGAACGGAGCGGAAGCGCCGCAGCUCCUCG